UUAGAGAGAGAGAGAGAGAGAGAGAAUGAUUGUGAUAUAUAUAAAAAUCAGCUUCACUCAUCUGAAACUCUCAACUCUCAUCAACAACUCCUCAUUUCACAAAAAGGCUAAUCUAAAUUGUGUGAGUGCAAAUUACAAUGGCGAAUUCCAAUACCAAGGCUCAGAGAAGAGUUCUGCUACUAUGCGGUGACUACGUGGAAGAUUAUGAGGCAAUGGUUCCAUUUCAAGCAUUGCUGGCAUUUGGAGUGUCGGUUGAUGCCGUUUGCCCAGGCAAGAAAUCUGGUGAUAUUUGCCGCACUGCUAUUCAUCAGGCCUCUGCUCAUCAGACUUACUCUGAGUCGCGUGGUCACAAUUUCACACUCAAUGCAACAUUUGAUGAAAUUGAAUUUACAAAAUAUGAUGGCUUGGUGAUUUCCGGAGGACGGGCUCCAGAAUAUCUUGCUAUGAAUUCAGCUGUUUUAGACUUGGUCGGCAACUUUUCCAACUCUGGGAAACCAAUUGCCUCUAUCUGCCAUGGGCAAUUGAUCUUGGCAGCUGCAGGAUCAGUUAAAGGUCGGAAGUGCACUGCUUACCCUACCGUGGGACCUGUUCUUGUUGCUGCAGGUGCUCAUUGGGUAGAACCUGAAACCAUGUCAGCAUGUGUUGUUGAUGGCAAUGUCAUUACUGCAGCUACAUAUGAAGGGCAUCCCAAGUUCAUCCAGCAUUUUGUGAAGGCACUAGGAGGCACCAUAACUGGCUCAGAUAAGAGGAUAUUGUUUCUUUGUGGGGAUUACAUGGAAGAUUAUGAGGUAACUGUCCCUUUUCAGUCCCUUCAAGCCUUAGGAUGCCAUGUUGAUGCAGUUUGUCCAAAGAAGAAGGCUGGUGAUGCCUGCCCAACUGCUGUCCAUGAUUUUGAAGGUGACCAGACUUAUAGUGAGAAGCCAGGCCAUAAUUUCACUAUAACUGCUAGCUUUGAAGGUUUAAACACCUCAAGUUAUGAUGGUCUUGUAAUCCCUGGAGGUCGAGCUCCAGAAUAUUUGGCAUUGAAUGAGUCAGUCAUUGCCUUGGUGAAGGAAUUUAUGGAGAUCAAGAAGCCAGUUGCAUCCAUCUGCCAUGGGCAGCAGAUUUUAUCUGCUGCUAACGUUCUUAAGGGGAGAAAAUGUACUGCAUAUCCAGCCGUGAAGCUUAAUGUGGUCCUGUCAGGCGCUACAUGGUUGGAACCUGAUCCAAUAGAUCGUUGCUUCACUGAUGGAAAUCUAGUAACUGGAGCUGCAUGGCCAGGGCAUCCAGAGUUCAUUUCCCAGUUCAUGGCGUUGCUUGGUGUGCAAGUAUCAUUCUAGUCUAUUGGCUUAAUUUACUUAUUAUUCCAACAUAAAUAAAGAAUAUUGUUCAGGUUAUCACUUGUCACUGUGCCAUCCCAUCCGCUUUGCCUGCAUGAUGAAAUGUUUCUAAAUAACAAUUAAUAUGUAUGUUUUAGUUAAUACGACUUUAUGGUAUUUGCGAGAGGACGAUGUACAUUCUAAUUUCUAAGUCUCUUCCUGUUCCUGUUCC